AUGAUCAACGCCGUCCUCGUCUUCAACAAUGCCGGCCAGCCGCGACUGACCAAGUUCUACACACAGCUGGAAACCAGCGUCCAGCAGCGCCUCAUCUCCGAGAUCUUCACCCUCGUCGCCAACCGCCCAAACUCAGCAUGUAACUUCUUACCCCUCCCGCCGCUCCUCGCCAGCAGCUCCAAGUCCAGCACGCCCACGACUCCCCACAACGACACACCCUCCCUCGUCACCUACCGCCACUACGCGACUCUCUACUUCAUCGUCAUAUCUACAUCCACCGAAUCGCCUCUCGCGCUUCUUGAUCUCAUCCAGGUCUUCGUCCAAGCGCUCGAUGGUCUUUUCGAAAAUGUUUGCGAGCUGGAUUUGAUCUUCAACUUCGAGACAUUACAUGCGACACUAGGUGAGAUGAUAGUGGGCGGAGUCGUGGUAGAGACGCAGUUGGACAAAGUCAUUCAAGGCGUCAAGGCACAGGGAAGAGUCGCCAAGAGACCUGUCAAUGAAGGCAAGAACAUUGGCGGCGGUGGCGGUGUUAUGGGCGGACUGACCUUCGGCGGUCUAGGAAGGGGCGAUGGCAUGUGGGCUGGAAGAUGA